GCUUCUGGAGGGGGCGGGUUCUUUGGAGCCAGAAACCCGGAGCCGCCCAGGAAUUUUGGCUGGAACUGCAUUUCCUUGGGCCGGGCGGGCGUGAUCCCGGGGAGGCGGCUACGGACACACAAGCUGUGCUCGGUUGGCUCCUCAUCAUGCAACCGCUACUCUGCGCCCUGGCCGGGCUCGCUCUGCUCAGCGUCGAGGCCGCUGCUGAGUCCCCUGGUGCCUCCAGAGAAGAUCUAGCCUGGAGCCCAGGCUGUGACAGACAUGUGGCUAUACAAGGCCGUUUAGACAUCAUGGAAGAGACAGUGGAGAAGACAGUGGAGCACCUGGAGGCAGAAGUGACGGGCCUGCUGGGCCUGCUGGAGGAACUGGCUUCGAAUCUACCCCCAGGGCCCUUCAGCCCAGAACCGGACCUGCUAGGAGGUGAUCACUUCUGACCAUCAGGGGUAGUGGAACCUGGCAACUGAAGAACCAAGUCAGGCUUCUUGCCUUUCUGUCCCACCUGUGUGAAAUAAAUGCUACUAUUGGGGCCCAUGACUGCUAACAAUGACCUCUGUAACCACAGUCCCAACUCCUUCUGUCUUACACCCUGAACCCCACAUGUUGUUCUGGCCCACAGACCUGGAUAACCUGGCCAUCUUUAUAGGGACAGACCGCAGAAACUGAUUCACACCAAGUGAGACACCUGAGGCCCAGGAUGGUAACAGGACACAGAAGGCCCUUUAUGUAGCAUUGCUAUUCAAACUGUGGCCACAAAACAUCAGUAGUGCCACCCAGAAAUACACGAUCAUCUGGGUCCCAUCCAGCCAUCCCCCACAUCAGAAUCUGUUUUCAUGUGAUCCCCCACUCUGCCCUCCUGGUGGUGACAGGUUGUGUGCCCAUUAAGAAUCCUGUUCCCUGACUGGGAAUCCAAACAUACUUCCAGCCUUUUUUUUUUUUUUAAGAAAAAAUCUAUUUCAGUAAACAAAGUUCACAUUACAUAGAAUUCACCUUUUGCAGUGGGAAAGGGGGAUGCACCAUGCAAACUAAGCUGGGACCACGGGUGUACACCCAGCAAAACUUGCUCUUGUCACCGGCACCAAUUCUGUGCUUCCUAGUGCUCACUGGGUGACAAAGUCAUCACCAGUAAUUCCAGGUCAUUUUCAGCACCCCAGAACUCACUUCCCCUUCCACCUCUCCCCACUCCCAGCACACUAGAAACCUUUUACCUUCCUGGACUUGCCUCCUGUGGGCAGCUUCU